AUGGCGACCUCACGUGAUGCGCCCCAUACAUUGAUCGCCGCUGCCAUCCGACGGGUUUCUAGUAGCUACAACCAACGAAACCUCGGCCCAAGCGUCGGCAGAGAAUUUGUCGCGCUUGUGAUGCCUGCUACAAGAGGAAGAUUCAGUGUGAUGCAGCAACGCCACGCUGCAAUUGGUGCCAUCACCAUGAUCUUCCUUGUACUUUCAGACGCAACCAGGAACGUAUCCAGGAACGCUCUAGAUCCCAUGACUCUCCAAGGUGUAGCUCUGAAUCACCAAUCGGGCCCGCCAUUAAGACAGAGUGGACCGGACAUGACCUUUACUCUUACUGUCGGGCCCCAGAACAAUCUCCAUGUCGGAGGACAUGCUCUCGGGAAUUUAUGCACUUUCAAUGGCCUGCCAUUCUUCUCCGCUACUGGCCGCCAGUGGAUUAAGGAACGCACCGGCGAAGAUGUAAAGCUCGAGUAUACGUCACCAAGGCCAUCUAUACUCGACCCGUUAACGCCCAAUGGGGUCGCGCAUGCAGUACCGCUUCCGGAUAAGGGAAUCCUGUGUCAGCUGCAUGACGAGUGGGAGAAUUCAAUCCUUUCCAAAAUGUUUCCGUUUGUAGACCGAGUGCUCCUUGAAUCAACUGUCGCUGCCGCCUACCAUAACGAAACGAGUGUCUCAUCUCCUGGUGCUGACAGCGCUAGAGCCUGCAUUCAUGCGUUUACGGCAACCUGCGUACAUUCCGCAGACCAGCAACAUGGGCAUAGAGUAGUGCAUACAGAGGACCAUCUUCAGACCGCCCACGACUUGGUCCCCCGGAUGCUGCACGAGUCUGUUACCAUAGAUGGCCUGCAGGCCGUUCUGAUGAUAAGUCUUUGCUCCUUGGUAGUCACGGGAAAUAUCCUGAUACUCGAGAUGUUACUCACAUCUGCGAUACGCUUCGUCUUCCAUCUAGAUGGUCACCUUGCCCCAGUCUACAUCGACGACGACCAGUUCAGGAGGAGCCUGCAUGUCCGAGAAUUGUUUUGGAUAUGUUAUAUCAUGGAUAAGGAGUUUAGUCUACGCGCGGGUCAUCCUCCGUGCCUGGAUGAGAGUCAGUGCGACCUCACACUCCCUGAUAUCCACCACACUGCGCCAGAAUUUCUCGCAGUCAUACGUCUUGCCAUGCUCCAAUCUGAGGUGUAUCAUCGAUUAUACUCCUUGAAAGCUUUGCGCCAGACAGAUGCCCAGUUAUUGGGCGCUAUUCGCGAUCUCGACAGCGCCUUGGAAGUUUGGAGAGUGUCUAUUCCCACCAACUUUCGGCCACGCCUCGUUGAUCGGGAAACAAACGCCAUGGACACUCCGAAUACAAUCUUUCAAUUACACUACCUGUACUGCAUGAGUAUGAUACAUCAAGCAAGUGGAAGAUGCUCUGCCUGGGUCCAGAAUCACGAUACAUCUGAAGCAGGAUCGAGUCUCGCUAUCAGCGUUGAAGCCAGUCGAUCGAUGCUGCAGAAGUUCCUUGAUGACCGUCUUGAUUUCAAUAAGUCCAACUUGAGGUUUACUCUUCCCUAUUUCCUGACAGCUAUCUGUCAUCUUUUUUCUAACAUUCUUUUUAAUCCAACGCACGGUGGCAUCGAUGACGACUUGGAACUGUUCAUGUCAGUGCCAACUCAUAUCAGAUCACGCGUACCGUUAGAAAUCCCGAGAUUAUCGGCUUAUCACAUCAAGCUCUUCGAAAACUUCGUGAUGGAAUUAGGACGCCUUGCUAGUAGUGCUAUUAACAAGGCGCGAGCAGGAUCUCAACAUAUGAACUAA